CAGGUCCGCGAGAGGGACAGGCAGGAGUGACAGCCGCUCCCGGAUCCCUGGGCGGACUACCACCUCCCGGAGAGUGGCCUCACGCAGCUCGACUCUCUUCACAGCAUCCCCGCUUUGAGUUCAUCCUCCGUUGCCUAGAGCUGCUUCUGGAGCAGGUGAGGCUGCUUUUGUGGAAUUCGCUGCCUGUCUGAAAGGUGACGAUGCCAAAUAACUGGAAUUGCAGACUUGCGGACAGAAUGUAAAUCCCCGGAAAGAUUUGAUGACCAAGGAUGCAUCACUGAGCUGGACUACCAGAAUACACACAUUGGGAUCUACUGGUUGGAAAUUACAAACUUCUGAAUGGAUGUUUUCACGUGUGAAGAAGAUACUGGUCUCUUCGUCCUUCUGACGUAAUCUCAGUAGUUUCGGGUUGUCUCCAUUCCUUGUCAUUUUCCAUCUCCUGUUCUUUCAGAAAGGCCCACCUCAGCCUGAGAGAAGAUGUGACCCAGGGAAAGGAAUAAUCUGCCUGUAGCCCCCUCCCUUUCUCCCACACGUUUGGCUCGUAGCUCCUUUCUCUCUGUCUUUCUCUCUCUCACUUGGUCUCUCUUGGAGAUAUAACCACUCUCAACGGGGAUGGAUGUACCGCCUGAAACCAGCAAGCAUGUAAAGAAGUCCACAAGUCAAAAGCUGGAGGAUCAGAAAAAGAUCUACACUGAUUGGGCAAACCAUUAUUUGGCCAAGUCCGGGUGUCCGAGGCUUAUUAAGGACCUGACUCAUGACAUACCCGAUGGAGUUCUGCUGGCAGAAAUCAUCCAGAUAAUAGCUAAUGAGAAGGUAGAAGACAUUAACAGCUGCCCCAAGAGUCACUCUCAAAUGAUUGAGAAUGUGGAGGCUUGUCUGAAUUUCUUAGGGGCCAGAGGAGUCGGUGUUCAAGGGCUCUCUGCUGAAGAAGUGUGUAAUGGGAAUCUGAAGAGCAUCCUGGGCCUGUUCUUCAUCCUGUCCCGCUACAAACAGCAACAGCAGCACCAGCAGCAGUACCUGCAGUCGUUAGUGGAGCUUCAGCAGCACGUCACGCAUCAGACCACGGGGGCGGUGCCAACGAGCCAGCACAAAACACAAGACAUGCAGUCCAGUCUCACCGCACGAUAUACAAGUCCACCUGGUCACAGUGGAAUAGCAGCCCCUCAGAAGAAAAACACAAGGUUACCAGGUCCCUCCAAAGUCCCCGCUGCAGGCAGCGGCAGUAGCAGUAGUAAAGCCCACGGAUCCUCAAACCUGAACCGAAGGAGCCAGAGCUUCAACAGUAUUGACAAGAGCAAACCACUGCAAUAUGCUAGUGGCAAUGACAGAGAGUCGGUGAAGGGCAUUCCUCUGCCAGGCAGCAUGAAUGGCAGUGGCUCGGUGCCCUCCAGCACCAGUGGGCAGCAGCUGGCCUCUGCCAUCCCCUCUCCAACUUCUGGAAAGACCUGGCGCAGCAAAUCCAUGAACAUGAAGCACAGUGCAACCUCGUCUAUGUUGGCCACCAAGCCGCCCAGCCCAACAGCUUCCCCAACCCCUCCCUUGUCAUCCGAUCACCUCCGGCCCCCAAUCACAGACUCCUCCAAAUCAGCCCCCGGAAAUCAGCGCUCCAUGUUGGAGAAAUUCAGGCUCAUCAACCCUAGAUCUGCAUCCAGAACAUCACCCUCAGUGGCUGAAAUGGCUCUCCAGGAGGAGGAUGACUUGUCGGAGAUUGGAGAUGAGGGGACCUGCAGUCCUACACCACCCUGCGGGAUCUCAAAGCAGCAGGGGAAGUCCCCUGCAUCCUCCUUUGCAACCCCAAACAAGACCAACAACUGCAAGAACCACAACAAGUCCUUGCCACAGCCCAAAGACAAAGAGGACAAGAACAAAACCAAGAACAAAGCAAGCACGCCACCCAAGGAGGAGCCAGUGAUAGUGGAGCCCUCUAAGAAAGGCUCCAAGAUUGCCAGCCUCAUCCCCAAAGGAGGCAAAACUUCUGCAGCCUCUGUGAAGAAAGAAAGUGUAAUCCCUUCCUCCAGCAGCAUCCCCAAGCCUGGUCUGAAGGCUCCAACAGCAACGGCCAAGCCUGCAGCAAGCCAAUCCAGUGUGCCUGCAACUAGUGUCCCUGCUACAGGUGGUGAGAAAACCAAACUUAGUAAAGGUGGUCAGUCUAUAUAUAUGCAGAGAUCCUUGGGAGGAUUGGAGAAUCGGAAGACCAGCAUGGUGUCAUCAACCAGUACCUCAGCACUUUCUGGAUCAGCCACAUCUGGGCUGGGUGGUGGAGGAGCUUUAGGAGGUAAUGGGACAGUACAACUUCCCCAGCAGCAACAACACAACCAUCCCAACACGGCAACUGUCGCGCCCUUCAUGUAUCGGACAUAUUCAGAGAACGACUGCACAACUGUGGUCCCCCCUGAACCUUGCCUCAGUCCCACAAAAGACCUGGUCUACAGCAAGACCGCCAAACAGUGCCUGGAGGAGAUCUCAGGGGAGGAUCCAGAAACAAGACGGAUGCGUACAGUGAAGAACAUUGCAGAUCUGAGACAGAAUCUUGAAGAAACCAUGUCUAGUUUACGUGGGACACAGAUUAGCCACAGUACCCUUGAGACGACAUUCGACACCACUGUAACUACAGAAGUGAAUGGUCGUGGCCUCCCUGCCCUCUCGAGCCGCUCCUCCCCAAUGUCUUGGCGUCUCAACCAAGCGCCGAACCCCCGUCUUCAGGCCGGCGAUGCUCCUAGCUACACACCUCCCAGAUCCAGUGCCGGCACCACUGGUCGCUAUUGUGACCCCUCAAGGUUGUUAUACACUGCCCCCCUGAGGAGAGCGGCCGCCUCAGGGGCUCGAGGGUCAGAGCCGGGAGAGAAAGGUGGGAUUUCGGAGGCGGGGCCAGAGGUGGACGUGACCGGAUACGGUAGCGAUGGUGACAUACUCCUCAAGAAUGUACACACAGAUGAUAUCAGUGGGUACCACACAGAUGGGGGUCUUUACUCUCGGAAUGUCGACCUCUACUCUCGAAAUGUUGGACGCCCACCAGAGAUGACACCUGCACGAGAGGUCAUUCAGAAAGGGGUCAAAGAGAUGCAAGGGGAAGACAGUUGGGAUGACAGUAGUUCAGUCAGCAGUGGUUUGAGUGAUACUAUAGAUAACAUCGGCACUGACGACCUGAAUCCACCCACGUAUUCUGGCAUCCCAUCUCGCAAAAGCAAAGCAGCACAGUCAAAUAAAGAUACACACAGGCAUACCGAGCCGGAUGCUAGCAGCUGGGCUGGUGCUGAGGAUCUGAAGACGGUUGAUGAAGAGAUGGAGCCAGGAAUGGACAAGUGGAAGACUUCAUCCCCUUCAUCCUCUUGUCAGGGUGAGGAUGUUGGCCAGAAGACAGGUUUGUCCAUGUCUCAAACAGGCUCCUGGAGGAGGGGCAUGAGUGCCCAGGUUGGCAUCACACCAUCACGGACCAAAGGCACGUCAACCUCUCUCAAAACACCAGGUAAAACAGAUGAUGCAAAGGCAUCUGAGAAAGGCAAGGCCCCAUCUAAGAGCCCCAGUAUCCAGCGCUCACCAUCAGAUGCGGGCAAGAGUAGCGGAGAUGAAGGGAAGAAGCCACCCUCAGGCAUUGGUCGGCCACCUACAACAAGCUCUUUUGGCUUUAAGAAGAUUCCGGGUCCUGCCGGGGCCCUCGUCACAGCCAGUGGAGCCACUCUGGCCAGUGGUUCCGCUACUCUAGGCAAGGUACCCAAGUCUGCAGGCAUCGGGAAGGGCACAGGAAUUGGUAAUGGGCGGAAAACAAGUCUUGAUGGUGCUCAACACCAGGACGACGCUGUUUUGUUAGGUUGUGGAGGCUCAAAGGUUCCACUCCAGUAUCGCUCCCUACCUAGACCGGCAAAGUCAUCUAGUGGGGGAAGCAGCGUGGUGGGCCGGAGUGGCCAUCGUUCUAGCUCUAGCAGCAUUGAUUCGAAUGUCAGCGGAAAGUCUACAGGAGGGAGUGGAGGAGUGGUAGGAACCCCAACCAGCACAAAGAGAAGAGACCCUGGGAAAGUAGGAUCAGGAUGCUCAAGUCCAGUCACCAUCAACCAGACGGAUAAGGAGAAAGUGGCAGGGUCAGAUCAGGAGGGAACAGGGUUGUCCACCUCGCCAAAAUCCAGUCCCACUUCCACCCAAUCUGGACUCAGACAGCCAGGCUCCAAAUACCCAGACAUUGCAUCCCCCACAUUCCGCAGGUUGUUUGGCAGUAAAGCCAGCAGUAAACCCAGUUCCCCUGGCACCCCUGACUCUGGUAAAUGCCCGGCAGCACUGGGCAGCCCCCAUGGGACAAUGGCACGGCAGGCCAGCCUGGAUUCACCCUCCUCAGGAACAGGUAGUCUGGGCAGCAUGGGUGGGCAGAGCGGAGGCAGCAGCCCUCUAUAUGGCAAAACACCCGAUCUGUGUAUUGACUCCCCGGCUUCUAGUCCGGCGUCAGGCCUCUCUCUGCCCUCUAACACCCGGCCUUGGCCACCAAACCUCAGCAGUUCAUCUGCGGGCAGUAAAGAUACACUCAGCUGCCAAAGUAUGACCAGUUUACACACAAGCUCAGAGUCCAUAGACCUGCUGCUCCCACACCACCAUGGGCCAAAAGUCACCCGCACGGGCAGCGUCAAGUCCACCCUCUCUGAGGGCAUGCCUCUUGACAGAAACACUCUUCCCAAAAAGGGAUUAAGGUACCCUCCGUCCUCCAGACAGACAUCACAUGAGGAAGGAAAGGAGUGGUUGCGUUCUCACUCCACUGGAGGACUGCAGGACACAGGAAGUCCACUUUCACCACCGGGCACAACCAGUAUAAGCACUGGCAAAUACCACUACUCAAACCUGCUGAGCCCCACCAGUAUGUCGCAGUACAAUCUUCCCAGCACUAGUAUGAGCCGCUCCAACAGUAUUCCAGCACAGGACUCGUUCGAGCUGUAUGGGGAGGGAAACAAUUUAGGUGGCAGUGCCACCUCGCUGGAGGAACGGCCACGUGGGAUAAGUCGGUCCGGCUCCUUCCGGGACAGCACAGAUGAAGUUCAUGGUUCUUCUCUAUCUUUGGUCUCGAGUACAUCAUCUUUGUAUUCUGCGGUGCUGGCAUUUUUAGACAAGACUGAGGAGAAGGCCCACUCUGAGGGCCAAACAGUCCAAAAUACAACGCAAAUCAGAAAACUGCGAAGAGAGCUGGACGCUUCUCAGGAGAAAGUGGCGACCCUGACCUCUCAGCUGGCGGCCAAUGCACACCUGGUGGCGGCGUUUGAGAAAAGUCUGGCAAACAUGACCUGUCGACUGCAGAGUCUAACCAUGACAGCAGAGCAAAAGGAGUCCGAGCUUGCAGAGUUAAGAGAGACCAUCGAGGCAUUGAAAACUCAAAAUACAGAUGCUCAGACAGCCAUUCAAGUUGCCCUCAAUGGCCCCGAUCACGUUCAUAAAGAACUGAGGCUCCGUCGACAGCACUCGUCAGAAAGUAUGUCCAGUAUUAACAGUGCAGCCAGCCACUCCAGUAUGGGUAGCGCUAAAGAUGUAGACGACAAGAAGAAAAAGAAGAAAAGCUGGGGCAAGGAUAAAGAAUACAAGGUGGCUGAUUCCAUCCCCGCCCAGUUGCGGAGCUCCUUUAAGCAGGCCUUCAGCAAGAAAAAGACCAACAAGCCCCAAUCACCUCAUGAUGAGUUUGAAGAGAUGACUGACUCCUCUCUCCCUUCUUCACCCAAACUACAACACACCGACAGACAGACCAGCACCACCCAACCACCGCGCACAUCACCGUCCUCCACAGAAUUGUGUGAAUGUACAGAGGCCGAGGCAGAGAUUAUCCUCCAGCUGAAGAACGAGCUGAGAGAGAAGGAGCUGAAGCUGACUGAUAUCAGACUGGAGGCGUUAAGCUCCGCCCACCACCUUGACCAGAUACGAGAAGCCAUGAACCGCAUGCAGAAUGAAAUUGAGCUGCUGAAGGCAGAGAACGACAGACUGAAGUCUAGCGGCAACACCACACCCGCUGCCACGCCUGUUAAAACAGCCCGUCCCCCUUCAGAAACCUCCAGCACGUCCUCCUCAUCCUCACGGCAAUCUCUGGGGCUGUCGCUGAACAACCUCAACAUCACAGACACCAUUAUGUCAGAUAUUCUGCUCGAUGAUGGCUAUGAGGGCAAUCUACGCAAAGAGGGCAGGAGUGUCCGUAUAGUGGUCACCAUCAACAGCGACUCCAACAAAACCAAGGCUGUGCAGAAGAAGGCGUAUCUGAUUGGCUCCAUUGGCGUCAGCGGCAAGACUAAGUGGGAUGUGUUGGACGGUGUAAUAAGACGCUUGUUAAAGGAGUAUGUGUUCCGGGUGGACCCAUUGACCAGUUUGGGCCUGAAUUCGGAUAGUAUAGUGUGCUAUAGGAUGGGGGAUGUGGUCCGAUCUCAUGCCUCCGAGGUUCCUGAACUGUUGCCUUGUGGGUAUUUGGUGGGUGACAACAAUGUCAUCACAGUCAGUCUCAAAGGUGUGAAGGAGGGUAGCAUUGAUGACUUGGUGUUUGACACACUGAUUCCUAAACCCAUCAUUCAACGCUACUUAAACCUGCUGAUGGAGCACCGUAGAAUUAUCUUGUCUGGUCCUAGUGGAACCGGUAAAUCCUACCUAGCCACUAAACUAGCUUACUACAUCAUCUCCAAGACUGGUCAAGUAGUGACAGACACUAACCUGGCUCGCUUCAAUGUGGACCAGAAAUCCAGCAAGGAUCUUCGGCAAUACCUCUCAAGCCUGGCUGAGCAAUGCAACACAGAAGAGUGUGAGAUCGAGCUGCCCUCUGUAGUUAUUCUGGAUAAUCUCCAUCAUAUUGGCUCCCUUAGUGACAUCUUUAAUGGAUUCCUCAACUGCAAAUAUCACAAAUGCCCGUACGUCAUAGGAACUAUGAACCAGGGUGUUUCCUCUUCUCCAAACUUGGAGUUGCAUCAUAACUUCAGGUGGGUGCUCUGUGCUAAUCAUACUGAGCCAGUGAAGGGCUUCCUGGGCCGAUUCCUGAGAAGGAAGCUGAUUGAAACUGAGAUCGAUAAAAACAUGCGCAGUAACGACCUCAUCAAAAUCAUCGACUGGAUCCCUAAAACCUGGCAACACCUCAAUUCCUUCCUAGAGGCUCACAGCUCCUCAGACGUCACUAUCGGUCCUCGGCUGUUCUUGUCCUGUCCGAUGGAUGCAGACGGUUCACGUGUGUGGUUUACCGACCUGUGGAACUAUUCUGUAGUGCCAUAUCUGCUGGAAGCAGUACGAGAAGGACUGCAGCUGUAUGGAAAGCGGGCAGCAUGGGAGGACCCGUCCAAGUGGGUGAUUGACACCUACCCCUGGAGCUCCGCCUCCCUGCAGCAUGAAGGCCAGUCACUGCUGCAGCUGCGGCCGGAGGAUGUGGGCUAUGAUGGCUACAGCUCCUCUAAAGACGGAGCCGCCUCCAAACAAGUGUCUCAGAGCGACACUGAGGGAGACCCACUGAUGAAUAUGCUGAUGAGGCUUCAGGAAGCUGCUAACUACUCCAGCGCCCAGAGCUGUGACAGCGACAGCGCCAGUCACCACGACGACCUGCUGGACUCCUCAUUGGAGUCUGCCCUCUAAGCCCCGCCCCAUUAGAAGAAGAAACCUUCUGAUUGGUUUAAAAACAGAGCAAAGGGCCCAGAGGACUUGUGCUUAUGAAACAGGCUUAUGAAACGCCUGACGCCUCGG